AUGGACGACGAAGACUUUGAAGACCUCUUCGCAGAGGCGGACUUGCUCCAAGGCUCAUCGCAAGAGUCACUAACAGCACAGCUUACUGAUGUCAAUGUUCUUGACCGCAUCGAGGAAGUCUUCGAACGAGUACUCGAGGCUUCGUCAACCAAGGACGAGCUUGCAAUUGAGCUGCAACGAAGACCACGAACCAACCGGCCCGUUCUCGGCCACCGUCCUGAUGCUGGCCGUGGACAUGUACGUUUUCCUGGCAAGACUGCGGAGGAGGCAUGGAGAUUCACUGUCGUCGUACGCAUCCUGGAGUUGAUUCACGAAACACUUCGGACGGGCGCUGUCAUCUCCAAGAGGGACGUCUACUACCGCGAUCCGGCCCUCUUCGGCAGCCAAACACAGGUCGACCGCUACGUCGACGAUAUCGCAUACACAUUCAGCGUUCCGCGAGCAUCACUCAACAUCGCUGCCGCUGCCAAAGGGCUUCUCGCCGGGGCUGUCAGUUUCUGUCGCAGAGAUGGUUCCAUAUGUUCGGCAUCGACAGACAGGGAAGGUAUGCUCAUAGCGGCUCUCAGGGAGCUGCUGUCCUGCGACGUGUCCAAGGUCAAGUGGAUCUUGGUGAUCGAGAAAGAAGCUACGUUUCGGUCAAUCGCAGCCUCCGAAUUCUGGGACACUGUUGCCACGGAUGGUGUCAUUGUGACUGGCAAAGGCUAUCCUGACAUUGCGACACGAGCAAUGGUUCGCUACAUGAGCACGCCCUCACCGCAGAAUGGCUUCAUGGCGCCGCCUGUCUACGGUCUGGUCGAUCAUGAUCCUGACGGUCUGGCCAUCUUGUCUGUCUACAAGAGUGGCUCCAUCGCUCUUGCCCACGAAGGCGAAGAUCUACUUGUUCCUAGACUGCAGUGGCUGGGUCUUCGCCGAGAGCAGUUCCUGGCCGAAGAAAAUCUGCUGAUACCGAACCAAGCUUUGCUGACGCUCACUACACGAGAUAGAAGGAGGGCAAUCAAGAUGCUUGAGCGGUGCGAUGACCCGGGAAUGAGAACUGCGCUGCAAUCGAUGCUCGUGAUGCACACCAAGGCUGAGCUGCAGAUUCUAGACUCUAAUCCAGGUGGCAUGACGAAUUUGCUGAGAUCUGCGCUGGGUUACGAUGGGUGUUGA